AUGGUAGCAUCUCGACUCAUCUCACGGGCUAUCGCUCGACCACCCGCCCCAAGGGUACUCAAACCUACAUUCUCAAGAUCGCUCGCUGCCGUUCAUCCAGUAACUCUCCCUUCCCAAGAUCCAGAAACCAAGACAUCGGUAUUAUCGAAUGGACUGUCGGUAUCGACGGAGACGAUCCCAGGAUCGCAAACUUCGACAGUGGGGUUAUGGAUCGAUGCUGGAUCGAGGGCUGAUGCGGACGGUGCUAGUGGAACGGCGCAUUUCUUGGAGCACCUCGCUUUCAAGGGUACCAAAUCCAGAUCUCAAACCCAACUCGAACUCGAAGUCGAGAACAUGGGUGCCCACCUCAACGCCUACACCUCAAGGGAACAAACCGUCUACUACGCCAAGGCUUUCGACAAGGACGUCCCUCAAGCCGUAGACAUCUUGUCUGAUAUCUUGCAGAACUCGAAAUUGGAGGAAAGUGCCAUUGAGAGGGAGAGAGAUGUCAUUCUGAGAGAACAAGAGGAAGUUGAAAAGCAAUUGGAAGAAGUCGUCUUUGAUCAUCUGCAUGCUGUUGCUUACCAAGGCUACCCCCUCGGAAACACCAUCCUCGGUCCUAAAGAGCACAUCAACUCUAUCUCCAAAUCCGAUUUACAAAACUACAUUUCCAAGAACUACACCUCCGACCGAAUCGCUUUAGUCGGAGCCGGAUCAAUCGAACAUGAAGCUUUGGUCAAACUCGCCGAGAAACAUUUCGCCAACUUACCUGUAUCCUCCAACCCCGUUCCAUUAGGUGGACAAGCUCAUUCCCCCACCGACUUCCUCGGUUCAGAAGUUAGGAUCAGAGAUGAUACAUUGGACACUUUGAAUGUUGCCAUCGCCGUUGAGGGUGUUUCAUGGAAAUCACCAGAUUACUGGCCAAUGUUGGUCAUGCAAUCCAUCUUUGGUAAUUGGGAUAGAUCAUUAGGUGCCUCACCAUUAUUAUCAUCUAAAUUAUCUCAUAUCAUCUCUUCAAACAACUUGGCAAACUCUUACAUGUCCUUCUCCACUUCGUACUCUGAUACUGGUCUUUGGGGUAUCUACUUGGUUUCUGAAAACCUCAUGAACAUUGACGAUCUCGUCCACUUCACCCUUAAAGAAUGGACCCGAAUGUCCAUAUCCCCAACUAUCGCCGAAGUCGAGAGAGCCAAACAACAGCUCAAGGCUUCCUUGUUAUUGGGUUUGGACGGUACCACUGCCAUUGCUGAGGAUAUCGGUCGUCAACUCAUCACCACCGGUAAGAGAUACACCCCCAAGGAGAUCGAGCGAUACGUCGAUGCCGUCACACCCGAGGAGAUCCAACGUGUAGCCAGGAAAUACCUCUAUGAUAAAGAUAUCGCCAUUGCCGCUCUUGGUAGAACUGAAGGUCUCUUCGAUUAUAAUAGAAUCAGAGCCGAUAUGUCUUCUAUGAUCUACUAA